AUGGUCUUUGGGCUCUUCGGCAGAAAGCAAGAGCCAAAGCCCCAACCAACGCUAGUUGAGCCCAUCCAACUACGCACCCCAUCGCCAUCAGUUUUAUCAGGCUCGUCGCCCCAGGCGCACGACCUUUCCCCUUCUGUCCCCCUUGAUGCCGACACUCUCAAAGCCCUCAUCCAAUCCGUCCCAGCCCAAUCCUUCCGACAAUACACGCUUGCCCAUCUUGCAACAGCAUCACCCCAACUAGUAUCGCACAUAGCCGAGUUUUUCUCGGCGCUCGAAGUCCCACCCACUCUCCAUUGUGUCCGUUGUCACAAAGGCUACUUCUCGGUAGAGAACAACGAGCGAAGCUGUCUCGUUGCCCACGAUGACGAGAGUGCUGAGGUUGAGGGACAUGGAUCCAACCAGGAAACACUCUGGAAUUGUUGCGGGAAGACCGUUGAAGGAGAUGGCAGCGAAGGACCGCCAGAAGGGUGGUGUUUCGAAGGGGCCCAUACGACUGAUCUUAAACGGGCACGUUUCCGCGCAGAUUCCACGGUCCACAAUGACAAGCUAGUAUCUUGUGCCCGCCGUCGAUGCCACGAGCCUUUAGGCAGCCGAAAACGCUCCCGUCGCGCCAUUGCCGAGAACUCUGAUACCGAGUCAGAUUCAGAUGACGAUGGGGCCAGCCAUAGCAGCAUUCGUACUCGGUCAAGAGCAUCCAAACGGGCAAGGACCGUACGCGAAGACGAUACGGAUGUAGAAGAGGAUGUCGAAAUGCCGCUUCACUCAUCUCCCAAGCCCAAACGCAAACCACGGGCUAAAUCAGUCGUGUCUACCGCCUCCACCUCCGUCAAACCCAAAUCCACCAAGAAGUCUGUGGUUAUAUCCUCAGACCCACCCACCCCAUCACGCAAGAGCAAGAAACCGCCAAGCACGCGGUUCGUGCCUGUUGCUGCAGCAUCACUCACCUCUACCUCUUCCGUUCUGUCCGUCAAUGGCUCAGCGGGAAUCCAGUCCCAAUCCCAGUCACAAACGGUCCAAAUCGUCGUUGCGCCAAAGCCGGCAAAGGCACCAGCCAAACGCACGAUGAAACCCAAGCAGAAGAAACUGAGCGAGGUGGUGGAGAGCAGCAUUGUCGGAGAGAUAUAA